AUGAGGAGCGAGAUCAAACAACUGACUCAGAGGCUGGAGAACUUGAAAAAACACCAGAAGAUGCAAGACAGCCAGAUAGCCCAGAUAGCUCAGUCCGUCUCGAGAGCACAGGGUACAUUCCCAGGGAAACCAUAUUUAAAUCCGGUAGAACACUGCAAUCGCAUUGAGCUGUGGAGCGGACGUGUGGGAAACCCCCAAAUCAUGACUCAGAUGGGGCUUGACUCAGAAAAGGAACUCACUCCCCUAAUGCCCAAUCAGACGCAAAACAGGGAUGGAGAAGUGAAGCUUAUAGCAUCCCAAAGGGAUGAAGAGUUCUACCGGUUUCUGAAAAAAGUCAAAGAGAUUUGCGUUGAAGUACUAUUGUUAGAUACGCUACACCAGAUGCCGAAGUUCGCAAAAUUUUUAAAGGGAAUCUUAUCCAAUAGAAGGCAGAAGGGCGAGUACGAGACUGUAGCACUGACAGAGAAUUGCAGCGCCCUCCUUAUGGUGAAUCCUCCACCCAAGCUUCAGGACCCAGGAAGUUUCCCCAUACCAUGUAAAAUUGAUUCUGAACUUAUACCAAGAGCUUUCUAUGACUUGGGAGCCAGUGUCAGCCUGCUCCUGUACUCUCUAUGCAAGAAGCUAGGUUUCCAGAACAUUAAAUUGACCAUAAUGGCACUGCAACUAGCUGACCAUUCAUGCAGGUACCCGAUGGGAAUAGUGGAGGAUGUACCAGUUGAAGUAGGUGGAUGCAUAGUUCAUACAGACUUCAUUAUCUUGGACAUGGAGGAAGAUCCCAAGAUACUGAUCAUCCUUGGAAGACCAUUCCUUGCCAAGGCUGGGGCCAUCAUCGAUGUAAAAAGCCAUAAGUUGUCCUUGGAGAUCGGUAAGGGAAAGAUUGAAUUUGAUUUGUCCAAUUCUUCCAUAUGCAACCCCUCUUCCCUGGGAAAUUCUCACAAAAUCAGCACAUACAAAGAAGGGGAGUACAGUUCCUAUGAGAGAUACCCUCCAGCAAGCAGUGAGAAAUACAUCUAUCCUGCACGAGCGAAACUGAAGGUGCAGGCUGGAGCAUCAACCCUAGAAGGAGAGCCGUCCUCCAACGGGUUCAUUCCAUACUGA